AUGGGUUCUAAGCCAAUGUUCACAGAUGUAGUGCUUAAUUUCAAUAAAAAUGUUUCUAAUAAAACAAUUUGUACAAAUACGCUUACAAAAGAAUCAAUUAAAACUCUACAAUAUGUCAUUCAGCAUAAUUAUGUUAUGGAGUUUACCAUUGAUAGAAUUCCAUCUUGGAUCAGAAUCGGAACAACAGCAUCAGACAAAGCUCAAAUUUAUUCACACAUAUCAUUUUCUAUCAAUACAAUUAACGGAACAAUUACGGAUAUCAAUGCAACAGAUUCCGAACCUGUUGAUCUAAUAGAAAAUAAGGAAAUUACAUUCACACUAUCAGCUACAUUCCAUACAGUUAAUGAAAAGCGACUUCAGAGAAUCAGAAAUGAAAAAAUUACAAAAACUUCAGUACAUUUAUAUUCACUUUUUAAUACGUCCAUACUUUCAAUGCUACUUAUAUUGCUGGUUGCUCUCAUUAGCAAUAAGAUUUCUACAAAAGAACUCGUUUCAAUGAAAAAUUUUGAAGGAUUUGAGUUUGAAUCAUUAAACGACAGAGGAUGGAAGGCAGUUCGAGGUGACGUUUUCCGACCAGCAGUUAAAAUGCAACUUUUAACUAUUCUAUGCGGAUCUGGCGUUCAAAUUUUUGUUUUUGUUUUAAUUUAUUCUUUAAUUAUGUGGCAAACAAAAUCCAGUAUGCCAUUUUUGCUUACAUUUUUCAUUAUUACAUCACCAUUAUGUGGAUUACUUUCAGUUUCAUCGGCACAAGCGUUUGGAAUUCAUAAAUGGAUCCGGAUAUCUAUUGGUUCUGUUUCCAUAGUACCAAUAGCAGCAAUAUGCAUAUGUUUACCUGUUUGGCUGCUUUCAAUUCUUAAUAAAACCACGUUUGGACCUUCGAUCAUGCAAAUCAUCAUCUUUUUGAUAGCAAUGAUAAUUUUCUUCAUGCCAUUAUCAUCAUUGGGAGGUGCUCUCGCAGUUAAACGAAAAAUGUUUAUGGAUAAUAAAUGCGAAGUUAAAUUAGUUCCAAGGAAGAUACCAAAACAGCCAUGGUACCUUAAAGCUCCAUGGCUAGGAUUUUUCCCGCUUAUAGUAUGCGGAAUACCUUCCACAAUUGAGUUUCAUUACAUUUUAUUAUCUUUAUGGGGUCCACAUGUCUUCUAUCCAUUCGAACUACUUGCAAUAUCCAUUACUCUUAUUUCGAUCAACGCGUGUUGCUCAACGAUAAUUUCUGUCUAUUUAUUGUUGCAAUCAGAAAACCAUCAUUGGCAAUGGCAAUCAUUUAUAUAUCCUGCCUCAGCAGGCAUAGCUACAUUUAUAUAUUCAAUCUUUUACUAUAUUUGCAACACUUCGGUGAACUGUAUCUUUCAAGCUUGUUGCUAUUUCGGAUUUGCAAUCUUUAUUUCGAUUUGUAUUUCAUUAUUAUGUGGUGGAAUAGGAUUCACAUCAUCCAAUAUCUUUGUUCACAGCAUGUACAACAAUAUCAAGUUUGAUUAA